CCGACGGGCACCGGAGCCGGCCAUGCCGCCGCUGCCGCUGCUCGCCCCGUUGCUGCUGCUCUGCCUGCGCCUCCUCCGCGCCGAGCCGCUCGCCUACCCCGCAGUGAUUUCCCCCCAAGACCCCACCUUGCUGAUCGGCUCCUCGCUGGUCGCCACGUGCACGGUCAGCCCGGACUUUCACCUGAAAGCCGAGGACCUGUACUGGACCCUGAACGGCCGGCGCCUGCCCGCCGCCUCCUACGCCGCCCUGGGCCCCACCACGCUCAGCGUGGCCCUCGCCCGCCUCAACGGCUCCAAGCAGCAGUCGGGGGACAACCUGGUGUGUCACAGCAGAGACGGCGGCAUCUUGGCCGGCUCCUGCCUUUACGUUGGACUACCCCCAGAAAAACCAGUCAACAUCACCUGCUGGUCCAAAAACAUGAAGGACCUCACCUGCAAAUGGGCGCCGGGGACGGAAGGGGAGACGUUCCUGCACACCAACUACACGCUCAAGUACAAGCUCAGGUGGUAUGGCCGAGACAACACGUGCCAGGAGUACCACACGGCCGGGCCCUACUCCUGCCACAUCCCCAAGGACCUGGCCCUCUUCACGCCCUACGAGAUCUGGGUGGAGGCCUCCAACCGGCUGGGGGUGGCCGUCUCCGACGUCGUCAUGUUGGACAUCCUCGACGUGGUCACCACCGACCCGCCGUCGGACGUGCACGUCAGCCGGGUGGGGGACCUGGAGGACCAGCUGAGCGUGCGCUGGAGCUCCCCGCCGGCUCUCAAGGAUUUCCUCUUCCAAGCCAAGUACCAGAUCCAGUACCGGGUGGAGGACAGCUCGGAGUGGAAGGUGGUGGAUGACGUGGGCAACCAGACGUCCUGCCGCCUGGCCGGCCUCCGCCCCGGCACCGUCUACUUCGUCCAGGUGCGCUGUAAUCCCUUCGGCAUCUACGGCUCCAAAAAAGCCGGCAUCUGGAGCGACUGGAGCAACCCCACCGCCGCCUCCACCCCUCGCAGCGAGCGAGCGGCGGGGGGCUGCGACCCCAAAGGGGGGGAGCAAAACACGACGCUGCGGCGGGAGCUGAAGCAGUUUUUCGGGUGGGUGAAGAAACACGCCUACGGCUGCUCCAACCUCGGCAUCAAGCUCUACGACCAGUGGCGCGUGUGGCUGCAGAAAUCGCACAAAACACGCAACCAGGUAGGUUCUUCCCGGCGAUAAGUUGUAGCCCGCGGGGGACCGAGCGCCGGCAGGAUGAGACGGGGCGCCCGGCGCCCGCCCGGGACCACCCGUGCCCACCUCGGCCCCGCCGGGGGGGGGCAGGAAGGCGGCCGGGGCGAAGCGCGGCCCCGCAGCCCCGGGGGACGGGAUGGGGUGAGGCGGGGGGGGCGGGUUGGGCCAGCCCCGGGAGCCCCUCACGUGCCACCGGCCCCAUGGGACCGCAGCCCCCCCGCCGCACCCCGCGGCACCGAGGGGACCCCCCAACCUCGCUCGGCGGGGGGAGGCACAGAGGUUUUGCUCCUUACCCGCCAGCCGGAGCAGCCUCUGGGAUGAAAGGGGCGGCGGGGGCUUCCCGGGUGUCCCCCCACCCUUGGCACAGCCCUGCCCCCCCCCCUCCCCUGCCCCGGGAAGUGAUUUUGGCUGGUUUGUCCCCGGGGACCCACGUGCGAGCGCGCGGGGGGGGGUCCAUCCCCGGGGAGCCACGCGGGCUGGUUUGAGGCUGCGGGGGUUUGCCCAGUGCCUGCUCCAAUUUUGAUUCAAACCAGCCUUAUUUUGGUUCCAUUUCAGUCAAUUAGGAACAGAUUUAAGCUUAAUGCCAAUAAACCUCUGAAACCCCAGCGGGGUCUGCGUCAGCGGAGCGGCGGCAGCGCGCGGGGACGGGGAUGCAGCGGGCAGCCAAACGGGACCCAUGUCCCCCGUCGCCCCGUCCCAGGGCUCCCGGGGGACCUGGGCAGGGUGACGCUGGGCGGGGGACAAGCCCUUUAGACCACACGACUCGGGCCAGCUCCACUGGGACAAAUUUAUUGUGGAAUGACUGGAGAAAG